GGUUGAUAAAAAUGAUAAUCGUCUAUACACAAAUUACGCUUAUCAAUUCGACAUCUGUUUAGUUAAACGGUAAAACGACGUGAAAAUAUGAACACGGAAUCGGAAACCACAGUUGUAGCGCUAGUCACUGAAACGAUAAACACUUUGACUCGAAGUACUGACUUCGACGAGAUUCUCCCUGUUGUGCAGAAAGUGUCUGCACUUUUGCCGAAACAGGGGAGGAUUAAGUCCACUUCGGAUAGUGUUAUAUCCGACAGCGAUCGAGUCGAGUUCAGUACGAACAUCUAUGCCAGGUUCGCCGAGUUCCUUCUGGAGCACAUCGGCUCGAACGUUGACGUCGAAGAUGAUAAAGUUCGAGAACUGUACAACGAGUUGUUGGAUGGCUUCUUCAUGCAUGCGAGCUCCCACGAUGCAUUCCUAGUGCUCUGUGGAUUCAUCGAGAAGACCAGCGGUCCGAGUCGGAAGCUGGACUUUGCCGUUAGUCUGCUGGAAUCGUUUCUCAAGCAGCACAAGCUUGCCGACAUCCUGUGGGAGCCGUGCGGUGGCAAAGUCGUCGAGGAGAUGGAGGCAACGUGGAAUGAUGAGCUGAUCACUGUUAUCAUUACACUGCCCAACAGACUCGCCAACAAGCUCAGGAUGAAAAAUAGGGAUGUAUUUCUUCCGUCGCCCUACUUCAAGCUGCUGGGUGUCGACAUGUGGUCUGUGAUUGAGAGAUUGACCGAGUGCGCGCGCAGACAGGAGGAUUGUUGUCUGAAUUUCCUCAGCAAACUGUUAGGUCGACUCUGUCUCUCUGGAAAUGGAGAUCGCGUGAUGAAGCUGCUAGUGCGCGGUUUCGAGGCCGGAUGCCGGACCUGCUUCGUGUGCCGGCGAGUCAGCCACACGCUGUUUGCGCGCGUCCCGGAGAGAUGCAUGGAGAGCGUGAUGACACCCCUAGUCACCUACCUCAGCUGGUACGGCACGACAUCUUGGUUGCUAGGAGACCUGGUGCUGACGAACGGCAAGCUGCGCUACAUCUUCAGCAGCAAGUUCCUACUGCUCAAGGUUUUCGAUCAGGACGCGAUCCUGAGGAAUGUCGUCGGUUACCUGGCUGCUGAUGUCAGGUGGAGGGAGGUGUUUCUCAAGCCAGAGUGGAUGGUUGCAAGUGCUCACGGCGGUGCAGACACCAUUCUGGAGGAGGCCCCUACCGGGCGUCUGCAGCGUCAGCGGCAUGAUCGUCUGCUGAGACUUCAGUGCCGCACGACUAAACUUCAGCGGACAAAGAGCUCAAGUUUGAGGUGA